AUGGAUGACGUUAAUGUGUCAAGUGUCACAGAGUUUUUUCUUCUCGGUCUUUCCCAUACCCAAGAUCAGAAGAUCACACUCUUUGGCGUAUUUUUUGUAACAUAUCUACUUACUCUUCUGGGCAAUUCACUAAUUAUUCUCGUCACAACCAGAGAUCGGAUUAUGGACUCUCCCAUGUACUUCUUCCUCGGGAACCUUUCCUUUGUCGACCUUUGUUUCAGCUCCGUAACGGCUCCGCUCAUGUUGGCCAAUCUUCUUCGGGACAGGAAGACCAUCACCUUUAAAGGAUGCAUGAGCCAGAUGUUCUUUUUGUUCUGCACUGCCAGCAUGGAGUGCUUUGUCCUGGCCGUCAUGGCUUACGACAGACUGGUUGCCAUCAGCAAUCCCCUUCGUUACCUACAGGUCAUGAACAAGAAGACAUGUGUGGGUCUCAUCAUAUCCUCCUGGAUAUGUAGCUGGUUACAUUCUCUUCUACACAUCUGUAUUGUUUCUUCCAUGAAUUUCUGUGGGCCAAACAUGAUUCACGAGCACUUCUGUGACCUGCCUCCCUUGCUCGCUUUGUCAUGCUCAGAUACGUCAAAAUAUGAUCUCUUGGUGUUUACAGAAGGUUCUUUGGUUGCAAUGAGUCCCUUUGUCUUUGUAAUGGUCUCCUAUUGUAGGAUCCUCAAAAUCAUUUUAAUGCUGCGUUCAUCCUCUGGAAGAUAUCAAGCUUUCUCCACUUGUUCUUCACACUUAACCUCAGUUGCCCUUUUCUUCGGUACUGUCUUUUUCACGUAUUUCCGUCCAUCCUCGUCAAAUUCAGUUGAAGACGACAGGUCGGUGACCGUUGUGUACUCUAUCCUUACUCCUCUUCUCAACCCUUUUAUUUAUAGUCUAAGGAACAAGCAAGUGAAGGACUCUCUUAAGAAGAUUUUACUCAUGUAG